CUGAGGAAGGGAUGUUGCAUCGCGCGCACCUUUACGUCGCGAACGGGACGUCAAAAAUUUGAAAAUGGAAUAGUUUGAAAGUGGUGAACGCUGAACUGGCUGGUCGCGUCGGUGUGAUUGCGGCUGACGCUACCGAAGUGUUGUGUUUUAGGUUAUGAUCUAUGUUUAGGUCAAAAUAAUGGACAAAUUGAAUGAUUAGGGUUAAAUUAAAUAAAUUUUAACAAUUCGUAUUGAAUAACAGCAGUUUAGUGCGGUUUGAUUGCAGUGUUCGACGCGGUUUCAUUCAAGUGCCAGCUUAGGUAACCUUGACACAUUUCCCGCGCUGGCGUUCCACCUUGUUUUCCGUUGCACUCUCUCUUGACAUUUACCGCAAAAGUGUGUUCUUUAACUAAUUAGCGGCUAGUUCUAAAAUUAACAUUAAUUAAGUGUUAAAUUAAUGUUAUAGAAUAAUGAAUGAACAUUUUGAAGUUUAGUAGAAGCGUAGAGACGUCGGGAAUGGAUCUUUGCGUACUGUUUAAUGUUUUAUGAGGCAUAAUGAGUGAAAUUAGUUGGUCUGACCUCCGCCGCGUUAAAUAUUAAAUUGGCUGUUAAAUUAAAAGUUUUCAAAAUGAAUCCUUUGUGACCACUUCAGUGAGACCACGGGAGCUGUGAAAAUGAAAGUUUCAAAAGGUUUCGGCAACGUUCUACUCGGCAUCACCAUCACACUCCUCGACCUGACCGACUGUGACAUCGUGACCGAGACCCCCAGAUCGAUCUACCGCAAGGACAGCCAGAACGAAAUUCCAGAACCGGAACUUUUGCCGGUUUUACACGGGAACGACACUAGAUGUCGCAUAUCGGAAUACCUGUGUGCGAAUAAAAAAUGCAUACCGAUUAAUAGAUUUUGCGAUGGGACCAACGACUGUGGGGACUCCUCCGACGAGCCAAGGCAUUGCACUCGUUGCAACAGAACGUACUAUGGCGACAUCGGCCGGACCUACGAGCUGGAACUCCACCGUCCCCGGGAAGACCUGGUCCCUUACGUCUGCCUCAUCACCAUCACAGCUGCUGGCGGUAUCCAUGGAGAUUUGGUGCAGGUACUCUUCGACAGUUUCACCCUCGGCCGCUUCACAUCGUUCACCGAAGAUGGCUGUCCGGACGGUUACAUGCAAAUCCAAGAGGCUAGCCGUCCCCAAGUCGGAGGCUCCUGGUGUGGCACCUCCUGGGGUCCCUCCAUCUACUACAGCGAGACCAAAUCCAUCACCCUCAUCAUCAGACUCCUCCACCUCUCAAAAGACCAAAACAACUACAAUUUCGACUUCAGGAUGGCAUACAAAGUUCUUCGAAGAGAAUUUGCUACAGUACGGUACGGAGGCACGCCGCCAUCAGAGCGCCCUUUCUUCAAGAUGAGGCCGAUACCUAUCCCCUUGAACAUAUCACGCGAAGAUACAAACGUGGCGAGGACAACAAAAACUGCCGAAUAUUACCUCGGGGAUCUGAUAUCCGGGACUUAUUGCUCGCGAAUAUUCAGCGACUGCGACCGUAAAAACUGUAGGUUACAGUCGCCAAAUUUCCCGGGCGUUUACCCGAGGAAUUUGACGUGCUACUACGCGGUUAGACAGCACGAAGUGCCACAAGGGAAGCAUGCCUUGAUUGUGGUGAAGCAGCCGAACGGGCAGCUAGUGUCGAUCAGAAGCCAGAAAGCAUUAUACGCUGCACAACAAGAGAGAGGGGGAAAUAAUGGUCGCGAAUUAAAAUUUUGGCAGCAAUGCGACGAGGUACAAGACUACGUGACAGUCUACGACGGGUACACGACCAGGGAUCCUGUCGUUUUAAGAUUCUGCGGCGGUGGGGUGUCAGUGCCAGAAGCGAUAUCCAGUGGGCCGGAAUUAUUAGUAGAAUUUACGACAUCACCAUUUGGAACCUUCCUGCAGCCAGCCACGUCGCAGUCGCUCCACGGCUUCCAACUAGAAGUUGAGGUCAGGUUCGUCGAUCAACAGUCGCCUACAUAUGCGAAGAACAAAAGGGCCUGCGAGUUUUGGAUAAGAGGGACGGGCAAGGGUGUGUUGGAGCACCCACAACAUUCCCUGCCUCCGAACACGACGUGUCUUUACCAUAUGCAAGGGAUCGAUACUUCGGGGCCGUCGGGGAGGAACAUAAUAUACAGAAGGCCCUCUUUCUCAGCGCCCAGGUUCAAAGUGUGGUUCUCUGUAUUGAAAUUUUAUGUGACCAACGCUCUCAAUCCGAAUUUGCCCGAGGAUGAGUAUUGUGGCAGCCAUUUGAAUAUAUGGGACGGCCCGAUGAGGAUAUCGCCAGGCUGCAGCGAUAUAUUUUGUGACAAGGAAAGAUCAGUACAAAUGUCUCGAGCCACAUCUCCCCAGUCUGUAAUCGUCGGUCGCCCUCCCACCAACGCGACCCUGGUCGCAAGGUUCUGCAGAGAAAGGGCGCCCAGGACCUGCGAGCAUGCCCUGCUGAGGAAGUCCAGGGCAUGUGCGAGGACCGAGAGCUUCUUGUCGAAGGGAGACUCGCUGACGCUGGAACUGAAAUUGACUCAAGGAACAGCACUCAAGCCAGUAUUCUUCAAAGCCCUCUACGAGUUCGUGGACCUGCACCAAGAUGGGGAGCCAUGGGGCAGAGGUCCGUGUUCCAGAAAGUUCUCGUCCAGAUCGUUCCCUGAAGCUCCGUCUGAUCCACCAAUUACCUUCUCAUCGCCAAGAGACGUUUUUCUGUAUGGACGAGGUGGUGCAAGGAAUAUCAGCUGUACAUACCGCUUCGAAGCCAACACAGGCGAAGUGGUGCGCCUGCGCAUUUGGGGCGUACGCAGCGGCGGCCGCCUCUGCCGGUCCGUUCACUCGGCGCAUUCCCCGUGGUUCCGAUGUGCCGGCGACCAUACUGCUGCGGUCCGCGUCUUCGACAAGCCGUGGAAGAAUAACGGCCCGGGUGUGCCUAGAGAUUGUUUGUGCAGUGACACUGGAGAGUACGAAUUCACCUCAACUGGAACAGUGGCAGAAUUGAAGUUUGAUGUCGUCAACAUGUCUGCCACCGACGACUUUCGGUCGUUCGGCUUCGAAGCGUCGGUAGAAUUCGUCAGGCUGGACACCAUCUGUGAUAGCACCCAUAGAGUGUACGGCUCGAGCGGGGAACUGAGGCUGACUACCAUGGCGCCUGUGUCAGAUGCAGUGGAUCGCUGCGAGCGUCGACCGUGGCUGAUCGACCCAUCGCCCGGCCACUACCUCUACCUCCAAAUCCGGGGCAGAGUUAUCAAGGAACCAGAGCUGGACAACUUCACCCUCAUCAACAACAUCACGGUGGCACCAGACCUGAGGCACUUGUGCAGGACGCAGAACAGGAUAGCGGUGUAUGCUGGAGGGUUGACGCCAGUUUUCAUAUGCCCUGAUCCUCCGGAUGACCAGAACGACGAGGUAGUGGAAGUGUUCUCGGACGGCUGGCUCAAAGAGGUGGACCCGUUGGCGCGGCACGUGAUGGCGCCGCCACCAUCCCCGGAUCGCUUCGACCUGGACUGGCCACGGUCGUUGGCAGUCGAGCUCAUACCUUCCGACACUGGGGCCUAUUACAUCACGUGGCUGGAGCUUUCUAGAAGACACCCCAACCCCCGAGGCGGUGUUUUCGCACUUUCUGGCGAGUGCGAAUACCGCUGCGCGUCUCUCGACGCCUGCAUCUCUGCUGAGCUGUGGUGUGACGGCAUAGCACAGUGUCCUAACGGGGAAGAUGAGAGACUGGCGCAAUGCUCAGCGCUGCUAAGAGUACCCGCCCACUACGCCGCUGCGAUGCUGGCGUUUACAAUCCUCACGGCUUUCGCAGUGAUUGCCGUGACGCGAUCCUGCCGCCGCCGGCGCUCAGCGCUGCAGCAGCGGCUGAAAAGUCUUUCCUCAGACACCGCCAUCUUCGACGAGAAAGAAGUGAUUUGCUGACCAAGCGAGGACUCCGUGCGAUACGUCGAGAUCGACCGGGUCACGACUGUGUGACCGCGCACGGAGUCUUGUCACUUGAUAUUGAAAUUGAAUAAAUAUAACUGCACAUCAAGGUGGCAUCUUAAAAUCGUUGUAAUAGGUGCUAUUUUGCAACAAUUUACAGUCUGAUGUGCUGUUGUACUUGGUGGGCUAGUUCUAGUUGAGCUUUAGGAAUUGAAUGAUAAGACAUAAUUUUGUUGUGAUGGAAUCAAGCAAGUCAUUGUGACGAGACGAAAAUUAUCGUUAUGGUCGUGAACACUCAAAAAUAAAAGUUAAAAUUUCCUGUUUGUAAAAUAAAAUUGAUAACGGACGCUGGAAAGUAACGCAAGAUUUAGAUAAAUAUUUAGCAAAACCCUUGACCAAAUAUUGCCAACACAAUAUUGAAAAGAGCAUCAAGGUAUAUAUGGACUCAGAUUGAAACUAAAAACUGGAUUUAAGAGUUCGAGAGAAAAUAUUUACCUACUAAAGAAAAUUUCCUAACUGAAUCAGAUCAAUUUGGUGAUUUUUUUAACCAAAGAUCACCAUGGCAAUGAGAAAUGAUCAACAUACUGAUAAACAUAAUGUGUAAAAAUUCAAUUCCUGUAAUGAGUAUGAAGUCAAUUGACGAUUGUUUGAAGAGGUGUAAUGAAGUGAUACUAAAGUUCACUCAAAUUUACGAAAUAUGAGUAUUACGGAUAUGAAAAUCCUAGUAGAGAUUCAAUAACUGAUAUAGACUUUUCAAUAAGUAUAAAUAAUGUAAAUAAUAUUAUAAUUGUGAUUAAAGUAGAAGUUAUAGCGUGGAGGUAAUAUAUUUACGGACCAAGUGCAGUCGAUCGGUGGCCAAACCUCAAAAUUGAGAUAGACUUUCAAUCUCAAAUCUACAUAAAGAUCAAAAUGUUUUGCCGAUUUCAAAAUUAUGCUCAAAUACGCAAGUCACCCAAUUUUUAAGAUAAAAGUUAUACUAAAAAUACUUACCAGAGAUAAGAUUAUUAUCAAACAGAAUUUUAUUGAGACUUGAGUUGAAUGUUAUUUCCUAAUAAAUCAAUUUGCGAGAUUUUCUAUUUAAUAGAAUAUUUCAAUUUAUCCUGAUUACUUGAAUAAAGAAUAAUUUAUUAUUAUUAUUUAUUAUUAUAGCCAGCAAAAUAUUGUAGUUAUAGAUUCUAUUCGCAAUGAAUUUUCAUUACGAAUACAUUAGACAUACGAAUAGUAACGAAGGAAAUAAAUCAUGAGUGCGUUUGAAACCGUUUAUUUUCAGUAAAAAGUUUAAAGAGAAAUAAAAUAUUUACACAAUUCAAUAACUACCUGACGUUCGUAAACGAUCUGACGAGUAAAAAAAUUCAAAACAAUGUAAAUCGCACAAUAAUAGGGUACUACAAUUUCAUACAUAGCUCAUUUUGGGGGACAAAAUUAAUGUAAUCUAGACUAGAAAAUAGAAUUAUCAAGGUUUGUGUUAGGUAGCAAAAUCAAAUAUAAAUAAAAUAUAAGUGAUAAAAAUAAAAUAAAUUGGAUGACUCAUAAUCGUUCUGGCAACACCAAUAAAUUUGAAUGAAAAACAGUUUUAUAUUAAAUGAAAUACAAUUUAUAUGUAUAACAGAAGAGUAUGAUUGGCCGAUCGACUUGAGGCACAAAUCGAGUAACAUUUGAUUGUGAUUGGAAAUGUAAAUAAUUAAGAUUUUGUAGUGUCUCCUAAUCAAGAUUUGUUAAUAAAUAACAUAGGGAUCGUUAGUGAAGGUAAUGCGGCAAUAAUUGGGUUCGUAUUUAUUUAUAAAUGUGUUCAUAAUGGUAUGUGUUCUCAAGACGCGUGAAUGAAUGCUCUUGUAAAUAAAUGAUGGUGAGCAGAAUAUCGUCUAAGUAACAACUGUUUGUUAAUUCUUAAGCACGCAGUUAAAAAUCACCGGUUUCCUAAUUAUUUCACUUCUUAAACUUGUACAAUUGAGGAAUGGUAAGAUUGGUAUUAUUAACAUAGCAUGUUGGUUUUGAAAUAAGUAUGCCUAAAAAUACUAAAACCAAAAUCUAAAUAAAUGGAUAAAUAUUUUAUUUGUGAUUUGCUUACAUUACAUACUAAAAAAUGUGUUAACUUUAUCUAUAUUUUAUCGUAUACGCAAUUUAAAACUGCCAUUUUUGUAAGCGUUUUGAUCCAAAUCAAAUAACCAAACCUCUGAGUAUAUUUAAAAGAAUCAUAGUUUAGGUAUUGCCACAUGGUGUUUGAGAAUGUUAAUGAGAUUUAUUUUUAAAAUAUUGCCACUUAAUACAAAGAAGUUGAUCUAAAAUAAUAUUCCUAACUAAUUUUCAGAAACUAAAUUUUCAUAUAAUAGACAAAAUGAAAUGGAAUAUCCUAACAAAUGCGAUGUAAAUAGAACUAAAACUAUUCAUAUCUUAUAGGUGUAUUGAAGUGAUAUAUGUUUGUUUCCCAAGGAAAUUAUUAAAGUUUAUGAUAUCGCGUUAACUAUUAGUGAAAAUUGUAGAGUAUUUGAUAUUGAAUGAGAGCAACUUGCUAUUGAUAUUAGUUUAAAUAUAAAUAUAAUAAACUACAUAAUUUUAGUAUGCGUGAUGGAUACUUACUGCCAUUUCAUGUAAAGAUAAUCAACACUGCCAAGAUUGUCACGAAAGGUUAAUCAAUGAACGAAGAAAGAAUUAGUUAAAUUAAUUAAAUAACACAGGUAAACCUGUGACCAAAUAUAAAUUUAGAAAAUGUAAACAAUUAUAAAUUACUUGACGAUAGUGGAGUUGCAUCUCAUUUAACUAAUGAAUCUAGAGAUUCGGUAUUUGAAUUUUUAGAUAGGCAACAAUACGAAGAAAUAAAAAGUGUACAUAUUCUAAAGCAGACAAAAGUGUUCUUUAAUGCUGUUUCGUUUGAUGUUGAAUUUCUUUGACCGAUUAUUGCAAUGUUAUACAUUUUUGCGGUUAGAUAUUGUUAUAAUUUUAAUAUUUGUAUUUAUAGGCGCAAUUGUAAUUUUGUUAGUGUUAAUGUAAGUGAUUUAGUCUCAAGGUGUAGUUGAAAGUUUGUAUCGUCUUCCAUUAAGUAUGAUAAUUCAAGAUUUCUUUUCCUGUUACGCCAUAUCAGAAUAUUCGGAAGUUACAUGGAAAUUAAUAAUUUAACAGAACACGAGUUAUCCUGGAAGACAAUAAUGAUGGAUAAUAGCUGUAUAAGCAAAGAUACCUAAUUUUACGUUCAAAACAUUCAUUACGAAGAAUUAUGAUGAUAAUAAGAAGUUUUUAAAAUAAAAUUAUUUACUGCAUGA